AAUUCUCGAGAACAAUACCUUAAGAUGAAUUCAAGAAAAUCUUUAUCAAGCUGUCCAAACUAAAAGUCAGCUGAUUAAUAGAAAUACAAUCAAAAUAUAAUUUAAAAAAUGAAACUAAGAAAGGAGUUACUUUUACUCUUGCUGGUUAUGUCUGCUGCAUCUGAGUCAGAUGUUCCCAGAAAACGAUCAGAUGCUUCUGAAGAAGAAGCAGAAGAAGAUGUUAAAUUAGAAGAGAAUGCGUUUGAACGUCUGCAAGAGUUAAAGGCUUUACAUGACACCAUUUUGAAGAUAGUGCCAGCUUCUGAACCAUAUCUUAAUAAUAAAAUUACAAAAAGGAAAGAGGAAGUGGAAAAUGAACCAAAAACAAAGGAGGAGAGUCCUGUAAUGAGAAACUUUUGGAUGAAAACAAUGAUAGCUCAAACUAAGAAUAUAGAUUUACCAAAUAGUAAUUUAAGAAUUGAAGUAGAAGAUACUGAGGAGAGAACUCAAGAAGAUACUGAAGAAGAGCAACUUGAACCUCUUACUGAAGAGACUCAGGAACCACUUACUGUGGCGCAACAAGAAGCGGAGCAAAUAUUUAGGAAAGCACAAAGACUUCUGAAUGCCACACGUUCAAAUAAGGAAGAAGCUUAUGAAUUAUUAACAUCUGCAGCAAUUCGUGGGCAUCGUGAGGCUUGGUCUAUGUUAGCAUGGGCUCAGUUAUUAGGAACUCAAUUUGGUUCAACCUCUUCUAGUCAAGACAUUCCAGGAGCUUAUGAGAUAUUUAAAGACCUUGCUGAUGCGGGUCUACCAUCUGUUCAUAUGGGUUUGGGCUUUUUAUAUGCAACAGGAUUAGGUGGAGUAAAUGCUUCACAAGCAAAGGCACUUCUUCAUUAUACAAUAGCAGCCAUUGGUGGUGAUACUCGUGCACAGAUGGCUUUAGGUUAUCGGUAUUGGGCUGGUGUUACAACACCAGCUUCGUGUGAAAGAGCUUUAGAUUUUUAUCGUAAGGUAGCCAACAAGGUUGCUGAAGAAGUUUCUCUUAGUGGAGGGCCAAUUGUUCAGAGAGUUAGACUUUUAGAUGAACAGGAGAAUCCAGCAUACAGUUCCGGAAUCUUUGAUCAAGACUUAAUAGAGUAUUACCAAUUAUUAGCAAAAAAAGGAGAUAUACAAGCCCAAGUGGGUUUAGGGCAGUUACAUUAUCAAGGUGGAAGAGGGGUACCAUUAGAUCAUGAAAGAGCAUUACAAUAUUUCCAACAUGCUGCUGAUGCUGGAAAUCCUCUUGCUAUGGCUUUUCUUGGAAAGAUUUAUUUAGAAGGUAGUGAUAUAGUAAAACAGGAUAAUGAAACGGCAUACAAAUAUUUCAAAAAAGCUGCUGAGCUUGGUAAUCCUGUUGGACAAAGUGGCUUAGGUCUUAUGUAUCUUUAUGGAAGGGGAGUUGAGAGGGAUACUGCAAAGGCUCUUCAGUAUUUUAGCCAAGCUGCAGAGCAAGGUUGGGUUGAUGGACAGCUUCAACUUGGGAACAUGUAUUUUAGUGGCACAGGAGUAAAACGAGAUUACAAAUUAGCUAAUAAAUACUUCAAUUUGGCAAGCCAAUCUGGUCACGUUUUAGCAUACUAUAACUUAGCACAGAUGCAUGCCACUGGUGCAGGCAUGGUGCGAAGCUGUCCAACUGCUGUUGAAUUUCUAAAAAAUGUUGCUGAAAGGGGUAAAUGGAGUGACCAGGUAAUGGUUGCUCAUAACGAUUACAGAGAAGGCAGAAUAAACGAGGCUUUUGUCAAUUACGCUCUCCUUGCGGAAAUGGGUUAUGAGGUUGCGCAGAGCAAUGCUGCGUUUAUACUGGAUAAAGGAGAGACUACGAUAUUGUCGGAAGAAGAAGGGUUGGUUAGAGCUCUAACUUUGUGGGCCAGAGCUGCUGCACAAGGAUAUUCUGCUGCUCAGGUUAAAUUAGGCGAUGCUCACUAUUAUGGUCGAGGAACGAAAGUUGACUAUGAGGCUGCAGCUAGUCAUUAUCGAUCAGCUUCUGACCACCAACAAAAUGCGCAAGCAAUGUUUAACCUAGGAUAUAUGCAUGAACGUGGUUUGGGCCUGGCAAAGGAUCGACAUCUAGCUAAACGGUGUUAUGAUCUUGCAGCAGAAGCUAGUCCAGAUGCAAGGAUUCCUGUAGCAUUAGCUCUUAUUAAACUCUCGUUUCUCUUUGGACUGGAUUAUCUGCAAGAGUUUAGCCUUGUUGAUCAUUUGAAUAAAUGGGAUCAACUCUUGGGUCAGAACUGGGAUCUAUACCUUAUUGGACUGCUCACUGGCAUGCUAAGUUUAAUUAUUUACUUUCGCAGGCCACAACCACCACCUCCGCCUAGGAUUAACUAA